CUUUUCCCGGGCCCUCUGCUUGCUCGGCCCCCUCUCCCCCGGGGGCCUGGGUCCGGCUACGGUGACAGUCGUGGAAAAAUGCUUAGCGAGCUCUCUGCCGGGGGGUCAGCCCCAGGACCCACAGGGGAGUGAUGGCCGUGCCCAGAACAGAAGGGCAGGGGAUGCGCUCGCUCCGUCUCUGGGCACUGACCAGUCGGGACAGGCCGACGCCGAUCCUUCCCCUCCCAGCCCGGGCCUGGCACGCCCCACCCCCAGCCAAACCGGUUCCCCCGGCUGGAGCUGCUACUGGGAAGGCUCCGCUUGGGCAGGAGCUGGGAGCAGGGGGAGGGCCUGCGGGAGGCCCGAGCGGGGGCGCGGGAGAGGCUGCCCCAACAACAGCGCAGACGUGCGGACGCCUGCAGACACACACACACACACACGUGCCCGCGCCAACACGCGUGGCCUGCGGGGGCGAGGAUGGGGCCCCCUGCCCCCCCAGAGAGCCACGUGGAGGGGGGAGCAGCUCGGCGGCCCGCCCCCCCCUCGGCGCCCCCGGCCUGGUAGCUGGCACCAUGUUCGGGAAGAAGAAGAAGAGGCUGGAGAUCUCGGCCCCCUCCAACUUCGAGCACCGCGUGCACACGGGCUUUGACCAGCAGGAGCAGAAGUUCACGGGGCUCCCGCGCCAGUGGCAGGGGCUCAUCGAGGAGUCGGCCCGGCGGCCCAAGCCCCUCAUCGACCCCGCCUGCAUCACCACCAUCCAGCAUGGGGCCCACAAGACCAUCGUUCGGGGGAGCAAGGGCUCGAAGGACGGGGCCCUCACACUGCUGUUGGACGAGUUUGAGAACAUGUCUGUGACCCGGUCCAACUCGCUCCGGCGGGACAGCCCACCCCUGCCCCUGCUGGCUCCUCCAGGCCCACCCCAAGAGAAUGGGCUGACUGAAGCCCAGGGGUCGGGGGCUCGUGCCUGGGCCCAGGACAAGGGGCACCCGGAGCCUGGGAGCAGGGGUCCCACAGAGGGUCGGAGUCGGGCCGCCGGGCGCAGGGAGCACGGCGGCGGCGAGACAAAGCGGGACGGGAUGGAGAAGAGGCCCAAGUCAUCGGGGGAGGGAGCUCCGGGCCAGCCGGGGAGCCCCCAGCCGGUCCGGGACAAACGGCCCCUGUCGGGGCCCGACGUCCGGACCCCACGACCCCCGGGUGCAGGAGGUGGGGCGAAGUCAUCGGCCGGGAGGCCGUUUAACACAUAUCCGCGUGCUGACUCGGACCACCCUCCGAGGGGCCCAGGGCCCCAGGGAGAGCCCCGCCAUCCUGCCCCCAACGGUCCCUCCGCAGGAGGGCUCCCGGCACACUCCUCUUCCAAGCCGCCGCCCCGUGCCACCCGGGGCCCAGAGCCCGCCCCUGCUCCGGGUACCCUGAGCCCGCACGCUUCGGAACCCCAGCUGGCCUCUCGUGUCCCCCCCCCGCCUUCAGCCCAGCCUGCCGUGCCCCCGUCGGGACCCCGCUCCCCCCAGAGGGAGCCCCAGAGGGUGUCCCACGAGCAGUUUCGGGCCGCACUGCAGCUUGUGGUGGAUCCGGGCGACCCCCGGACCUACCUGGACAACUUCAUCAAGAUCGGCGAGGGCUCCACAGGCAUCGUGUGCAUCGCCACGGUCCGGAGCAGCGGCAAGCUGGUCGCCGUGAAGAAAAUGGACCUUCGGAAGCAGCAGCGACGGGAGCUGCUCUUCAAUGAGGUGGUCAUCAUGCGGGACUAUCAGCAUGAGAACGUGGUCGAGAUGUACAACAGCUACCUGGUGGGGGAUGAGCUCUGGGUGGUCAUGGAGUUCCUGGAAGGGGGAGCCCUCACAGACAUCGUCACCCACACCAGGAUGAAUGAGGAGCAGAUUGCUGCCGUGUGUCUGGCCGUCCUGAGGGCUCUGUCUGUGCUCCAUGCCCAGGGCGUGAUCCACCGCGACAUCAAAAGUGACUCGAUUCUGCUGACCCAUGACGGGCGGGUGAAGCUCUCCGACUUCGGCUUCUGUGCCCAGGUGAACAAGGAGGUGCCCAGGAGGAAGUCCCUGGUGGGCACCCCCUACUGGAUGGCUCCCGAGCUCAUCUCCCGCCUGCCCUACGGGCCCGAGGUGGACAUAUGGUCCCUAGGAGUAAUGGUCAUUGAGAUGGUAGAUGGGGAGCCCCCAUAUUUCAAUGAACCGCCCUUGAAGGCCAUGAAGAUGAUCCGGGACAACCUCCCCCCCAAGCUGAAAAACCUCCACAAGGUUUCCCCCUCCCUGAAGGGCUUCCUGGAUCGCCUGCUGGUGCGGGACCCAGCACAGAGAGCCACGGCCAGUGAACUGUUGAAGCACCCCUUCUUGGGCAAGGCAGGCCCCCCAGCCAGCAUUGUGCCCCUCAUGCGCCAGAACCGCAUGAGAUGAGACUGGACCAGCCCUGGCCCUCCCCCUAACCAAAGAAGCGCCUCAGAGGCAGGUGCCCCGCCCGAGAGAAGCAGGAGGGAGCGCGGUGGGCGCCGCGGUCCCCCCUCGUGCAUCCGCUAGAUGCCUCCUGGCAGACUUGGCCCCGGGCACCCUGUGGCUCCUUCAGACCCUUCUGGGGAACUCAACUACUGAGUUGCGGUUUUGAUGUUUUGCUGUUUUUAAAUAAUGACUUGGGAGCAAGGGCACCGAGGGUCUCUCAGACCGGAGCCCCUCGCCAUCUGCCUCCUUCGGGGCCGGUUGGCUUGACACUGGAAAUCUGCAGAGCGGGAGAGCUCUCCCGGCCUCGGGAGAGGGCUGCUGGGGCGGGCAGCGUGGGCACGGAGGCGCCCCUCCGCACCGAGCUGUGUAUCUGCGUGUGGCUGGCGCCUGCCUGCCUGCGUCUCCACGCUUUUGUGCGAGUGCAUGAAGCGAGGUGCGUGCAAGUGCCAGAGCAGUGACGUCUGGGGGCCGCCUCCGUGCCCUCUCCCCUGCUGAGGCCUGAUGCCAGGGAGGACUGGCAGCCUCUCUCCUCCGGCCUCUGCCGAGAAUACUACUGUGCCCCUGGGAGACCCUCUUUUUAACAAAAGAGCUAUUUAUAUUGUCAUUUCAUAACAAAUCCUCGGCCUUGAACCCCAUGCCGGGGUCAGCCGGGAGCCGGGGUCCUGGAUUUGGGAAGCCGUGCUGCAGGCCUGGACCCCCCCGUUAGUUUUACAAUUAAAAUGUUUUCCUUCAUUUCUGAGAAAAA